UUCGAACGUUAAGUCUGCUAUCGAUGGAACACGGAUAAACUUCGGAACAUGGAUAGUCGGACUGCUAUCUUGUGGACUCUUCUAGCGGUCCGAUCAUGCAGUGCUGCGCAUCUCCUUCGCUAUGUCUUCCUAUCUGAAAGUUUCUGGAACAAAGGUCGUCGAUGGGGAUGACAAAGAGGUCAUCCUCAGGGGAGCAGGUCUCGGAGGGUGGAUGAACAUGGAGAACUUCAUUUCCGGAUACCCAGGCUGCGAAUUCCAGAUCCGAACUGCUCUGGCUGAGGUUGUAGGACCUAUCAAAUCAGAGUUUUUCUUCGACAGGUUCCUGGAGUACUUCUUCCAGGAGGAAGACGCCAAGUUCUUCAAGAGUCUUGGACUCAACUGCAUUCGGCUACCCUUCAACUACAGGCACUUCGAAGAUGACUUGAAUCCCCGUGUCCUGAAAGAAGAGGGUUUCAAGCACCUUGAUCGUGUGAUUGACCUCUGUGCCCAACAAGGCAUUUACACCAUCCUCGAUCUGCACGCUGCUGCAGGCGGUCAAAACACCGACUGGCACUGUGAUGCUGGCACGCACAUCGCAAAUUUCUGGUUGCACAAAGACUUCCAAGAUCGCACAAUCUGGCUCUGGAAAGAACUCGCCAAGCACUAUGCUAACAACAAGUGGAUUGCUGGCUAUAACCCACUUAACGAACCCACUGACCCCACGCAUACUGCUGUGAUCAAGUUCUAUGAUCAAAUCCACGACGCCAUCCGCUCGAUCGACACAGAGCAUGUCAUUUUCUUCGACGGAAACACAUUUGCAAGUGACUUCUCGCAUUUCGGUGAUAUGCACAAGAAGUGGCAGAACACCGCGUAUUCGAUCCAUGACUACAGUGGAUACGGUUUCCCCGCUAGUCCAGAGGACUAUGUCAGCUCCGAUGAACAACGUCGGAGAAUGAAGAGAAGCUACGAGAGGAAGAGGGAAUGGAUGGACCAGCACGGCCUUUGUGUCUGGAAUGGCGAAUGGGGCCCAGUCUAUGCUAGGAGGCAAUACGAUGGCCUUGCUACAGACGCCAUCAAUGAAAGACGGUACAAGGUUCUCAGAGACCAGUUGGCCAUCUACAAUCAGGAUCGUCUGAGCUGGUCGAUCUGGUUAUACAAGGAUAUCGGAUUCCAGGGCAUGGUCUACGUUUCGCAGGAAACAUCGUACAUGGUCCUACUGAAAGACUUUCUGGCAAAGAAACAUCGUCUUGCUGUGGACGCUUGGGGUGCUGAUACCACUCAAGUCCGGCACAUAUAUCAACCUCUUAUCGAUCAUAUCACAAAAGAGAUACCGCAGGAGAACCAGAAUCUAUAUCCGUUCCCAGUCUGGAAACUCUCCGAUCGCGUUGGUCGCCUGUCCCGCAGUAUACUGGUGACCGAAUAUCUUGUCAAGGAAUGGGCAGAACACUUCCGUGGAAAGAGCGAGGCUGAGCUCGAUGAAAUUGCGAAGAGCUUCAAGUUUGAAAACUGUCUGCGCCGUGAUGGAUUGAACAAGAUCUUGAUGGACAAUGCACAAACGUGGAGCAGCGGUUGAAUCGUAAUCGUAUAUACAAACAAAGCGCUCGCUUGCAGGUUUGUACUUUAUCACUCCUAACACCGCGAGUAUGAGACUAGCUAGCCUAUGCGAUAAAACAAUAAAAACAACGUAAUUCAAGCCGCGCCAACUAAUCUAGUCCCAAUAUGUAUGCCCUACAUGAGCGCACCAUCGUGACAAGGCAGCCACCGACGGGUUGACUGGUACCCAC